GGAGCUGAGAGAGGAGGGAGGGUAAAUAGUGGACCCGGCAGGAAGAUGGCGGCUGUAGCGGAGGUGUGAGUGGAUCUGGGUCUCUGCCGUUGGCUUGGCUCUUCUCGUCUUCCUCCCCUCCUCCCUCCCUGACUGAGGUUGGCAUCUAGGGGGCCGAGUUCAGGUGGCGGCGCCGGGCGCAGCGCAGGGGUCACGGCCACGGCGGCUGACGGCUGGAAGGGCAGGCUUUCUUCGCCGCUCGUCCUCCUUCCCCGGUCCGCUCGGUGUCAGGCGCGGCGGCGGCGGCGCAGCGGGCGCGCUUCGUCCCUCUUCCUGUUCCCUCACUCCCCGGAGCGGGCACUCUUGGCUGUGCCAUCCCCCGACCCUUCACCCCAGGGACUAGGCGCCUGCACUGGCGCAGCUCGCGGAGCGGGGGCCGGUCUCCUGCUCGCCUGUCGCGUCUCCAUGUCGGAUAACCAGAGCUGGAACUCGUCGGGCUCGGAGGAGGAUCCGGAGACGGAGUCCGGGCCGCCUGUGGAGCGCUGCGGGGUCCUCAGCAAGUGGACAAACUAUAUUCAUGGAUGGCAGGAUCGUUGGGUAGUUUUGAAAAAUAAUACUUUGAGUUACUACAAAUCUGAAGAUGAAACGGAAUAUGGCUGUAGGGGAUCCAUCUGUCUUAGCAAGGCUGUGAUCACGCCUCAUGAUUUUGAUGAAUGUCGGUUUGAUAUUAGUGUAAAUGAUAGUGUUUGGUAUCUUCGAGCUCAGGACCCAGAUCACAGACAGCAGUGGAUAGAUGCCAUUGAACAGCACAAGACCGAAUCAGGAUAUGGAUCUGAGUCCAGCUUGCGUAGACAUGGCUCAAUGGUGUCGCUGGUGUCUGGAGCAAGUGGAUAUUCUGCUACAUCCACAUCUUCUUUCAAGAAAGGCCACAGUUUACGUGAGAAGCUGGCUGAAAUGGAAACCUUUAGAGACAUCCUGUGUAGGCAGGUUGAUACUCUCCAGAAGUACUUUGAUGUCUGUGCCGAUGCUGUCUCCAAGGAUGAACUUCAAAGGGAUAAAGUGGUAGAAGAUGAUGAAGAUGACUUCCCUACAACUCGUUCUGAUGGAGACUUCUUGCACAAUACCAAUGGUAAUAAGGAAAAACUUUUUCCACAUGUAACACCAAAAGGAAUUAAUGGCAUAGACUUUAAAGGGGAAGCAAUAACUUUUAAAGCAACUACUGCUGGAAUCCUUGCUACACUUUCUCACUGUAUUGAAUUAAUGGUGAAACGAGAAGAGAGCUGGCAAAAAAGGCAUGACAGGGAAGUGGAGAAGAGGAGGCGAGUCGAGGAGGCGUACAAGAGUGUGAUGGAAGAGCUUAAGAAGAAGCCCCGGUUUGGAGGGCCGGAUUACGAAGAAGGUCCAAACAGUCUGAUUAAUGAGGAGGAGUUCUUUGAUGCUGUUGAAGCCGCUCUUGACAGACAAGAUAAGAUAGAGGAACAGUCCCAGAGUGAAAAGGUCAGGCUACACUGGCCUACAUCAUUACCAUCUGGAGAUGCCUUUUCUUCUGUCGGGACUCAUAGAUUUGUACAAAAGGUUGAAGAAAUGGUACAGAACCACAUGAAUUAUUCAUUACAGGAUGUAGGUGGUGAUGCAAAUUGGCAACUGGUUGUAGAAGAAGGAGAAAUGAAGGUAUACAGAAGAGAAGUUGAAGAAAAUGGAAUCGUUCUGGAUCCUUUGAAAGCUACUCAUGCAGUUAAAGGUGUUACAGGACAUGAGGUCUGCAAUUACUUUUGGAGUGUUGAUGUUCGCAAUGACUGGGAAUCUACUAUAGAAAACUUUCAUGUGGUGGAAACAUUAGCUGAUAAUGCAAUCAUCAUUUAUCAAACGCACAAGAGAGUGUGGCCCGCUUCUCAGAGAGAUGUACUGUAUCUUUCUGCUAUUCGAAAGAUCCCAGCCUUGACCGAAAAUGACCCUGAAACUUGGAUAGUUUGUAAUUUUUCUGUGGAUCAUGACAGUGCUCCUCUGAAUAAUCGAUGUGUCCGUGCCAAAAUCAAUGUCGCUAUGAUUUGUCAAACUUUAGUAAGCCCACCAGAGGGAGACCAGGAGAUAAGCAGAGACAACAUUCUGUGUAAGAUUACAUAUGUAGCUAAUGUGACUGAAGCAAGGCUGUGUGACAUUCCAUGUUGGAGAAAGAAGGAAAAAAAAAAAAAACAAAAGAAUCCUCUAAGCUGGAACGCAGGAUCUACAGCCUUGUCUGUGGCCCAAGAAGAAAUAUUGCAAUAGUAAAGCUGGGUGUCCAACACUAGCCGUCUCCUGCUAGAUCUCCUCGCUCAGCGUGUAACUAUAAAUACAUGUAGAAUCACAUGUAUAUGGCUAUAUUUUUAUUUGCUUGCUCCUAGGAGUGAAAAAAAAAAUAACUUUGAAUUACAACUAGGAAUUAACCGAUGCUUUAAUUUUGAGGAACUUUUUCAGAAUUUUUUAUUUACCAUGGUCCAGCCUAAGAUCCUCAGUUGUAUCAGGUUUUGUGCACAAAAGAAAAGCACAAAAGUUGAAUGCACCUGAGGCAUGUGCUCUCUGUGCACCAAAUAUUCAGAUGGGCUUCUUUUUACAGGCCUACAGUCUGUCUGUGUCUGGAAGUUUUUGACUUUUUUGCUUUGUAUAAUCAUAGAAUCUAUUGCUGCUGAUUUCUAUAAGGAUUCAUGUUGUGUGUCUCUUCAUAACUGAGGACUGUCAAUAACCUGUGAUUUUGCCUUUUCUAUAGUCUUACUCCCAUGAAGAACGUUGGUUCUGAUGGAGAAAGAAUGAAAAGCUUUAUCCUCCCCCAGAUAUCUUUAUAUUUUUAUUAUAUAUUUUAGUUGUGUACUCUGUGCUACCAACUUUUUUCAGUUUAUUACAAACACAAUUUGGUAAUUUUUAAAUUGGUUCUGCCUGCCUCCAGUCAGAGACAACUGUACAUCUCUUAUGGGUAUAGAGUACUUUAUAUACAGAGGUCAGGAUAAAGUGGGUUCAUAUUUUCCCUGAAAUUUGUAAGAGAAUAUAUGGUAUUACUUGUUAAACCAAAUCAGACUGUUUGAAUUUGACAUUUGAUUUAAUAUUUCUAGUAUUCUGUAACAAAUAUGGUAGUUUUUCUAGCCUGGAUCACUUUAAAUGAUACAGUGAAGGUAUACAUAGAAAAUCUGAACAAUGCUCCAAUUUGCCUCUUGAUCAUGAAUUUCAGCAGAGCAGUAAAAUCCCACACUAUUCAAACUGAAAUGCUGUCUUCAGUUGCUAUGAGAAGCUAACCUGUAAAAUACCUGAUUUAGUUAUAGUCCUCUUUGAGAAGCUUUGAAGCAUGGAGUUGAGGCAAGGAAUGGUACUCACUUCAGUUGAGAUGACUGCCCACUUCAGACUCUCGAUUGUGUUUACAAGCAAAUGUAUUUAUGUAAAUCAGGCAUUUUGUAGAUGCUUUGCUGACUUGUUCCUCUCCUUAGAAACACAAAAAUCAGACCCUUUUGUAAAGCAGAGAGUCAUGUCAUGUAAAACAUGACCUGUAUAUAUUCCAUACAUCGAAAUGGAGUCUAAAGAUGAAUGCAAGGUGUGAUAAUUUAAUGAUGGGAUUAGUCUGAUCACUUAUAUGCACAAUCCUGGAAGUGAAUUACUUGCAUCACAUAGGAUGAUAUUUAUUACUCUGUACAGAGAAAAAUACAUAUAAAAAAUAGAACUUACAUUACAUGCACGCAGUUUCAUGUCCCAUAAAUCUUUUAUAUUUUUUAAUUUACCUUUCUCUAAAUGAUGUGCAUGGAAUAUGCCUUAUUACAGAAAUGCUAUUCAUAAUUUGACUCUGUGGAAAAGUGCCUAUAUGGUGGUAAUGCUAAGAAGGCAAGGAAGACAGAUUAUCAUACCAGUUUACAUCACCAGUUAACGUUUUAUAUUGUGAUGUUUAAAAAAAGAAAAGUUUAUACCUCAAAUGUGUAUUUUAUUUUGCAAUCAGCUAUGGGGUUGGGAUGGGAGAAUGGGGAGGGUUGGGAGGGAAAGUUUAUUUGCUAUAGGCACUAGUGGGAAUCUUAGGGAAAAAAAACAAAAAGAAAAAAAAAGAAAAAACAAAACUCUCUACGCCCACUAUAAAUGUUCCUCUGUUUGCAUUUCUGGUAACUAUGAUGAACCAGGCAAAUAACUCUUUCAAAACUAAAUUGAAUAGCUUUAUUUUACAAACAUGCGCAAAGUUUACGAAGCCGGGUCUGCAUCUAAUUAUCACCAGUUGCAUUUGCACUAAAUGUGGUGAUAUACUUUUACAAUUUAUUCUAUAAAUAAAAUGUUACACUAAAAAUGUUUGUAGUAAAAAAUAUAAGCAAUGAUCAUUUUACCUUUCAGUAAUUGACUCUGCCCAGUCAGAUUUAGAAUUGAGUUCAGAAAUACUGAAAAUAUUCAAACAGUCAAAGUUAGGAGGAGCACUGGCCAUAUUAUAAUAUUCAGACCUUUCAUUUGGCUAAUUUCUACAUAUUGAAUAUUUAUUAUGUUUCUUCAUACCUGGGUAUUUAUCUCAGCCCAAGCCCCCAUCCCACACACACCCCCAAACAAGCCCCCUUACUCAAUUCUACUGGAUUAUUCUGUGAUGUUAGACACCUGAAAAAUACUGGUGAUGUGGGGUUUUAUCCCUGCAUGUGAGUGAACAUGAUGAGAGAGUACAGUGUUCCUCUUGGGAUUGAGGACUCCAUAUUUGAGGUGGGCAAACUUGAUUUGGUGUUGCUACAGGAGGAACAGCAAAGGGAAGAGGGAGGAACCUAAGCGAGGCGUGUGGAGGCAAAGUAAGAUAAAGGAAACGUAGUUCUCAUCUGUUCCUUUUCAUGACUACUUUAUACACCUAUACAGUGUCAGUGUCAGUUGCUACAGAAUUUUAGCGGGCUGAGCUGGUUCACUUGUGAAAUUGUGCUGGUUAUCUUUAAGCUUAUCAGUUGUUUGUCCGAUCAGACACUUGACCAGUAUUUAGUCCAGGCUGUACAGACGAUGAUGUAUUUGGAUUGUUGUCUUUGUUCAUCUACAGACUCAAAGCAUAAUCAUUUAAAGUACCUUGGGAGUGUGUAGAGUGUAACUAUAAUAGCUUUAUGAUUCUGAUGAUGUUUUUUAAUAAUAUAAAAGAUGGAUCUUCCAUGUUACAAUCACAAAAUUAAAACCAGUAUUUAAAAGUGGAGAAGUAUUAAAAUAUUAUGG